UUUCUCUAUUUUUUUUUUUCUGAGGAUGCCAUAGAAAUGGCGAGCUCUCUCCCAUGCAAGUGCAACCUCUAACUCAGGCCACCGUUCGUGGUGUUCUGUUCCGUAAAAUUCUAAUUUCCUUCAAUAACGAAACCACUAAUGACCGAAUUGCACUCUCAAGACAAUGCCGCGGCUGCUACCGAUUCUCCAAGGGUUUCGCGAAACCACAGAGUCGAGGGCGCUUCAACGGAAGAGUAUAGCGUCGGGGUAUGCUCCGAUGUUGACACAUCGUCGAACUUCGAUCGGUUGCUGUCAGAAUUCGAUGAAUACGUGGCAGCUGAGAGACACGUGUCGCGGGAUCUGGGGUUUGGGUUUGAGGUCGGUGAUAUGGUGUGGGGGAAGGUGAAAUCUCACCCGUGGUGGCCCGGCCACAUAUACAACGAAGCCUUUGCGUCGCCUUCGGUGCGUCGCUUGAAGCGGGAGGGACACGUGUUGGUGGCGUUCUUCGGCGAUAGCAGCUACGGCUGGUUUGAACCGGCGGAGCUUAUUCUGUUCGAUGCAAAUUUCGCUGAGAAAUCACAGCAGACGAAUGCGAGGACGUUUUUGAGGGCCGUGGAGGAGGCGGUUGAUGAGGCCUGCCGGAGGCGAGGGCUUGGUUUAGCUUGUAGGUGUAGGAAAACCGAUAAUUUUAGGCCUACAAAUGUUGAAGGGUAUUUUUGUGUUGAUGUGGAUGAUUAUGAGCCUGGUGGCUUGUAUUCUGAUAGCCAGAUUGCGAAGGCAAGGGAUAGUUUUAAUCCCAGUGAGACUCUUGCUUUCGUGAAGCAAUUGGCGAUUGCUCCACAUGAUGGUGGCCGCGGGGGCAUUGGAUUCACUAACAAUAAAGCCACCCUUUCGGCUUAUCGGAAGGCGGUGUUUGAGCAGUUUGAUGAGACUUAUGCCCAGGCUUUUGGGGUGCAGCCUGUGCGCGCCACUCAUCCUCGUAUCAGUCCACUUGAUCAGUCUGGGACCGUUAGGCACACUCCUAGAGCGCCUUUGAGUGGUCCACUGGUGAUUGCAGAAGCUUUGGGUGGUGGGAAGAGCUCUACCAAAUCUCUUAAAGUUAAGGAGGCUUCGAAGAAGGAUAGAUACCUUCUUAAACGGAGAGAUGAUCCAAAUAACUCUGUCCAAUUGGCAUACGAGGAGUACAAUUCCGAUGCCGCAAAUAGUUAUGUAUUUCAGAAGAGGGCUCCACCUGUGCCUGUGACACCUCAUAAAUUAGAAAUACAAGCAGACACAGGAUUUAUUAGUCAUGACGGUGCUGCUUCAAUUUCAGAUGCUAAAGAACAUUUAAAAGGUCAUGUUCAAGAAGAUGGCUCUGGUCAUUCUUCUGCCAUUUCUGCAGACACAAAGCCUCUUCUUGACAAGGGAAAGGAAUCUUUUGAAGAAAUGACCCACAACUUCGAACAUGAUAAUGCUUUUAGUAAAAGCAUGGUCCGGUCUGAUUUGUCUGGGGAGUUGGCCACAGUUGAUGCGAUGUCUCAACUAUCACAUCCGGAGAACCAAGUUUCUGUUGAUGUUAAAUAUGAAGGGAAUGCAAAAUUGUCCGGACCAUGUGAUGAUUUUAACCAAGUAGUGCUGGGACCCCUGACUGCUGGUGGUGGAAAUAAUGACAUGCAUCAGCUUAAGAGCGAAAAUAAUGUAUACGGUUCACCAGUUGAAGUAAAGCAUAAGGUGAAGAAGAAAGUUCCCAAGAGAUCUGCAGCUGAGUUGAACUCUGAGACUUCUGCUGUCGGAGAGAGAAAGAAGAAAAAGAAAAAGGAUUUGAAUUUAAGACCUGCAGCUGAGUUGAACUCUGAGAUUCCUGCUGUUGGAGAGAGAAAGAAGAAAAAGAAAAAGGACUUAAAUUUACAGCCUACAUUAGGCUUUCCAGAGAAGCAUUCUACAUUUGGGGAAUCAGUUUCUGUAAAAUCAACAGGAAAAGCUGUCUCAAUUGGUCUGGCUCCAGGAGAGGAUUUUCCUUCAGAACAAGUGGUGGUGGAUGCUAAUGCCCGUAAUUUGCUGCCAGUGGAUACCAUAGGAAAUGCUAAUGUGGAAUUGCCACAACUUUUGGGUGAUCUGCAGGCCCUUGCUUUGAACCCUUUUCAUGGCAUUGAAAGAAAGAUCCCUGGGGCCGUUCAGCUAUUCUUUCUGCGUUUCAGGUCUCUUGUUUACCAGAAAAGCUUGUCUGUGUCUCUACCAAAUGAAAAUGAAGCUCCUGAAGUCCGCUUCCCUAAAUCUCCUUCCAGUCUCAGGACAUCUGACAAUCCUGAUGAGUUUGUCAAAGCUUCUCAGAUUGUAAAACCUGUGAAACAUAUUGUUCGGCCUGAUGAUCCUACAAAAGCUGGGCGGAAAAGGGCCCCUUCUGAUAGGCAAGAUGAAAUUGCUGCCAAGAGGUUGAAGAAAAUCAAGGAUUUAAAGGCUCUAGCUUCAGAAAAAGCAGCGACCAGUCAUAAAACUUUUGAAGCCCGGCGAGAAGAUGGCAUGGAAACCUUUUCCCAGGCUCCAUCCAAGUUGGUGAAACCAGACACAAUGAAGAAAGUGAACACUCCAGCUAAGGCAGUUGAGCCCACAAUGUUGAUGAUCAAAUUUCCUCCUGAAACAACUCUUCCGUCUAUUCCAGAGCUGAAAGCAAGGUUUGCUCGCUUUGGCCCUAUGGAUCAAUCAGGUUUCCGUCAAUUUUGGAACUCGUCAACUUGUCGAGUUGUUUUCUUGCACAAGGCCGAUGCACAAGCUGCAUAUAAAUACUCUGUAGGAAAUCAAUCCUUAUUUGGUAGUGUGGGUGUGAGGUGUUUCAUUAGGGAAUUUGGGGAUCCUGCUCCGGAAGUGUCCGAAGCUGCAAAGGGUAAGGUAGAUGAUGGUGGAAGUGACAUAGCUCGGGUGAAGGAUCCCCCAGUGGUUCAUCGCCUGGCAUCAGCAUCAUCUAUGCAACCACUUCCUCAGCCCAUCCAGCUGAAGUCGUGCCUGAAGAAAUCGACCGGUGAUGAGUCCGGUCUGGUCACGGGUAAUGGAAGUAGUAGUAAAGGAAAUUCUCGUGUAAAAUUCAUGUUGGGUGGGGAAGAAAGUAAUAAGGGAGACCAAAUAAUGGUGGGUAAUAGAAACAAGUUCAACAAUGCUAGCUUUGCUGAUGCUGUUGCAACGGAUUUUAAUAGUAAGAAUGUUCAAAAGAUGACAUUACAACCCCCGUUGCCUAUUCUUCCUCUUCCUACACAGUUUUCAAAACCCCCUCAACAUAAUUCGCGUAAUUCUGAAUUGGCAAUGGCACCCCGAAACAGUCCGAAUUUUAUUAACGCCACAGCAUCAGCUACUGCAAGCACAGUUGAUAUAUCACAGCAAAUGAUACACCUUUUGACUAGGUGCAGUGAUGUUGUCACUAACUUAUCUGGUUUAUUGGGCUAUGUGCCUUACCAUCCCCUCUGACCAAACUUACUCUUCGCUGCUCCCUUUUCCAUAUCAUUCAUACAUACACAAGAAAAAUUAUCGAGCGGAAUAUUGUGGAUUGGUCAGUUUCUCUGAGAUUUUGAGCUCUAUAAAUGUAAAUGCACUCAUUGUUAGUAGCAUCUUAUUAGCUAUUAUGGGGUGGAAUUGGGGGUUACUCGAUUCAUAUAUAUUUCCUGACUUUUUUUUGUACCUUGGGCGUCCUUUACGCUGUUAGGCCGUAAUGUUACGUUCACUGCGGGUUCCCUGCGUAAUUAAGAAUCACUGUGUGACGCUACAAUAGUUUCCCCAACUAUUCAAUAUAAACACAUUUCUGUCCUAA